AACGUGGGGAGGCAGGGCCUCCUGGAAGAGGUGAGCGAGGGGAGCCUGGAGCCCCUGGACCAAAGGGGAAACAAGGUGAAUCAGGAACUAGAGGCCCAAAGGGGUCCAAGGGUGAUCAUGGAGAGAAAGGGGACUCUGGAGCCCUGGGACCAAGGGGUCCACCUGGUCAAAAGGGAGAUCAAGGAGCCACUGAGAUCAUAGACUACAAUGGCAACCUCCACGAAGCCUUGCAGAGGAUUACCACCUUAACUGUCACGGGUCCCCCUGGACCACCUGGACCUCAAGGACUACAAGGGCCAAAGGGAGAGCCAGGAUCUCCAGGAAUCCCAGGAGCUGAUGGAGAGCAGGGACUUAAAGGCUCAAAGGGAGACAUGGGGGACCCAGGUAUGCCAGGUGAAAAAGGAGGAAUCGGACUUCCUGGAUUACCGGGUGCCAAUGGAAUGAAAGGAGAAAAAGGAGACUCCGGAUUGCCAGGUCCUCAGGGUCCUUCCAUCAUAGGCCCACCAGGCCCACCAGGCCCCCAUGGUCCACCAGGCCCCAUGGGACCCCAUGGACUUCCUGGACCAAAGGGUACAGAUGGCCCUAUGGGACCCCAUGGCCCUGCAGGUCCCAAAGGAGAAAGAGGUGAAAAAGGAGCUAUGGGAGAGCCUGGACCCAGAGGACCCUAUGGUCUGCCUGGGAAAGAUGGAGAGCCUGGUCUUGAUGGCUUCCCCGGUCCACGAGGCGAGAAGGGUGAUGUAGGAGAAAAGGGAGAAAAGGGAUUCCGUGGCGUUAAGGGGGAAAAAGGGGAGCCAGGCCAGCCUGGCCUGGAUGGGCUGGAUGCCCCUUGCCAAUUGAAAUAA